CAAGGCUGUCAGCAGGAGGGAUGAUGUUAGGAUUUCAAGGCUCUCUGAGCCAUGAAAGGCAAAGUGUCUUCCUCCUCCUCUUCCUCCUGAAGUUUCUAUAAAUACACUCAGAAGUGAUUCCUGAAAUAAUCAUUCUAAGCUGUCAGAAUAAACAUUAAGGAAGGGAAGCCGUCACAACUAGUCUACUAUCAAGUGGCUAAAAGUCCCACUCACUGACCGUUAUCCUGCAGAGCAUCAUCGUAUUCAAGAAAAGGGGGAUCAAAGGCUUUGCAGUCUGGCCCCCAAACACCCCUCCCCCAGUUUUACCGUACCACCUGGGUAGGUGGGAAUGACCAGAACAUCAAAUUCACCAACUAGUAAAUAGUGAAGUUAUGGCAAAGUCAUUGCAUUUAACAGCAAUUAUCAUAAAAACCUCCUCUAUAAACCUAAAUUAGAGUAAUAAAAUAAGGCAAUGACAAGAUGCUAUGAUACAGAAAGAAAGCAUGGGUAUUAAACUCUGCCCCGAUGGGAGUUUUAUUAUAGAAAACACAGAUGUCAUGCAAUAUUUUUUGAUCUGCAGUGCAAUAGUUGUAAGUCCAGAUUCCCAUAUCCAAAUUUGGGCUCCUGUGUAAGGGACUGCAAUAUUGACGCCAUACGAUUAUAUUUGGCUGCACCGCGCGGAAUUGUAAACAUGUAGUGAAGAAGAGCCAAAAGUCCAAACACUUUCUCCUCCUCCUCCAUCUCUCCUGCCAGUAGAGUCGACUCGAGGCUGACAGGAAGAUCUUGUGGAUCCGGACAGGGUACAGGCAGGAGAGAAGCCCCUCCCCGCAGAUCAGCCCACCAGGCGAUGGUCCUUUUAACUUCAUUGUUGCAGAAGAAGCGACACCCCGCUUUGCCACGGCUAAGGAUCAAACACCCCCUCUGAUCAGCACGACCCCCAGUUUUGUUCUCAUGGAAAUCAGACCCUGCCUCCCGGCCACACUUUCUGCAGAGAUGCAAAGUUGAAGCGCAUUCCCAGCCGGGACAACAGAUGAUAAUGAUGUCUUGGAGGAGCUGAUCGUUUCAUUUAUUCAUUUUCUGUGUGUUUCUCUUUCGCUAUUGCUCGCCGCUCUCGGACUGCACGCUUUUCUUUCCAACAUGCUGGACUUGGCACAGCGCAUUGUUUUCUGCGCGCUGCUCGGCUCCGUUUACGCGUCGUGCCCUCCGCGCUGCGAGUGCUCAGAGGCGGCUCACACCGUGAAGUGCGUCUCCCGAGACCUGCGCAGUAUCCCGACUGGGAUCCCCGGAUACACCAGGAAUCUUUUCAUAACUGGGAAUCAAAUCAGUCGAAUCGGUCCGGAGUCCUUUAAGGGGCUGGAUAAUGUGACCAACCUGUCUCUGAGCAAUAACAGAAUUUCCGAGGUGGAAUCCCAUACUUUUGCUGGACUCCGCAGCCUUCGCUCUCUGGAUUUGAGCAAUAACCAGCUGGCAGUCAUUCACCCCGAGGCCUUCACAGUGCAGAACCAGACUCUGCGGGAGCUCAACCUGAGCCGAGCCCUCUACAACCACUUGUCAGUGAUGGACUUGGCCACCUCUCUCCGCUGGAGCUCCCUGGGGACGCUGAACGGACUGGACCUUUCUGACAACAGCCUGAUCUAUUUACCCUCACGUAUCUUCUCCCACCUAACCAGCCUGCGGCGGCUCCAGCUUUCCAACAACUCCCUGGUGGCCAUCCACAACUCCACCUUCUCGGGUUUGGAGCACCUGGAGGAGCUCGACCUGACCUUAAACGCCCUCAAGACGGUGCCCGAGGAGGGCCUGCGAGAGCUGGACUCCCUGCCGAGCACUGCUCUUCUGCUGGGGGAAAACCCGUUCACAUGCAAGUGUGGAAUCGAACCUUUUGCCCUGUGGCUCAACAGAUCACAGGGACGCGUUAGAGACGCUGAGGGCCUGCUGUGUGCCUUCCCAGCCGGCAUGAGAAACACAUCCAUGCUUGCCGUGGGCACGCUGACUCUGGGGUGCCACCAGAGGAAUGCAGGGGCUGACCUUGCUUUGCAGACCUCUUACGUCUUCUUGGGUCUAGUCCUGGGCUUCGUAGGCCUCAUCUUCCUUUUUGUACUUUAUCUCAAUCGCAAGGGCAUCAAGAAGCGGAUCUACGACAUGCGUGACGCCUGCAGGGAGGUGUGGGAGGGCUACCACUACCGCUUCGAGAUCGACUCUGGCCCCAGGAUAUCACAGGUCUCCACGAGUGCUGACAUGUGAGAGGACAAUCACCCUGGUGUAUUUUCUAACAAAACUGACUCUUUUCUAAUGCAUUUAUCAGCAGCAAAAUGUAAAAAUUGUACAGAUUUGUCUGUAAAUAUAUACAUAUAAUAGUGCUUAUAAUCUUUUUGCCUUGUUGAUUAAAGCAUGCACUGCUCAUCUUUCCUCAUUGCACCACUAAUACGCUCUUUUUAAUACAGUGUAUCUCGGAUUUGUUGUGAAAUGUGUUAAAUCAAAUGGACAUGAAUGUUGUAAAGGGAGUUCAUUGAUUGACAUUUCUUAUAUUCUUGCCUGCUCCUUAUGUCCAUAGAAAAGCAACAGUAAGUGCCUAAGGUCCGCAAUGUAUUGUUUCCUGAUCAAUGGAGUGAUCUGAACUGAACUCACUCUAUGUGGCACAUUUUCAUUCGUUAUUCUGUGUCAGAUCUUGUCUUCAUGUUUAGCUUGUGAAAAAGCAACAAAAAUGCUGCCAUAAAAUCCUCACACUACAAAAACAAACCUCUGGGAAUUUAAAGCACAACCACUCAUUCAUCUCUGAACCAUUUCAAGCCCUUUGGUCUCUCCGUCCUUAAGCCCCAGGGUGCCCGAGAGGAAUUAAGCCUCCAAAGCUCACCUAAAGUCAUUACUCUGCUCCUCUUUGGCUGCUGGAUUGGAAGGGGGGGGGCGAUUCGGGGCAGACCAGCGGAAAUCUCCUAGCCCCCUAAUUUUUCUCUCUCUCUCUCUCUUUUUUUUUUUUAAUGAAACGUUGCUUUGUUUCAACUUCUAAGUUUUAUUGUCAAAAUGAUGAGAACCAGUCUCGGGCUGAAAGCAAGCUCCCUCCCUCCUUAAAGACAACAGCCGCUCUUUGAAGGAAAAGUCUGGCUCUCCACGUUUUUCUGUUUAGGGGAUUUUUUUUCCCCCCAAUGAUAAGAUACAGAUGAUUCUGAAACACCAGCUACAUUGUUUCAUUCAGCAGUUUGCUCUGACCCGUUAAUGAGUGAGCCUUAUGAAAAGAAAAAAAUGUGUUCUUAACCUUUUGCUUUUUCUCCACCUUUUAUGCUUUUACAGUUGGGGUAAUGCCAAGAAAAGUGUCUUUCUUAAAUAACACUGAAAUAAAUGUGUAUGUCAAUACAUUUAUUUCUCAGUCAAAUCCAAAGCCCUACAUUUUACAUGCAUGUUUAAAUUUAAUCAAAUUAUAACCUAACCGUGCAUGUAUCCCAAACAAAACAUGAUAGUCUUCUUUUCUAAAACGUCAUAUGUGUCCUCCCUGUUUUUCUAAGUGGCUCAAUGUAAAAUGCAAUUCUCUGUGGCCUUUUGAUGCUACAAAGUGAGACAGACAGAGAAGGGGGAUGGCAAGCUGCCAUUAAAGUGUUUAUUGCCCAAAUUGCUAGCUGUCUUGGUAUUUGGAAUGGGGAAAGGAUGCCUGGAGUUAGCUGAAACAGCCUCCCAUUGUUGGAAUCCAAAGUAGCAUCUUCAUCCUAUCAAGAUGUUCUCCAAACUCCUCUGAUAGCGAUCCAGAAAUGUUUAUAACACGGAGCCAUUUUACUGCAUGUGUUAAAAUAAAGCUUUAGAAAGUCAUGAUAUCUGUAUACUCAUUUAGCGUAAAUGUAACCUUGCGUGUUAUGGAACAGCAGAAAUGAAUGUAUUCAUAAUGUUUGGACUAAACUCUAAGUAUCAUUUCUCUGAGCUGCAUUAAGCCGGGCAUUUACUCGCUGAGGAGAAAACAAUUGAGGCUGUGCACUGACACAAAGGGUGGCUCGGACUUCGAGACGUCUGAAAUGAGCUUUGUUUUCCGGCGCAAAAAGAUGCCUUGUGAUACUCAUUCUCUUUCUGUUUUCACAGACGGCCAUUAUGCUGCCACGUAAUAGGAUUCACUCAUGAUGACAAAGUUGAGCGCUCUGAUCCAGCUAUUGUUUAAGUGUCAUCAUUCUAAAAAAUUGCCUGUGGGAGAAAAUCCCAGGAGAAGUUUUCAUUUGCUAUUAUACAACGUGUCACAACCGGCGCAUUAAGCUGGCCAUGGGUUAUUGGUGUCAAUUGGCGGAGCAGAAAGAAGAAAGAUUAUUCCCUGCGUGUCAUUACUUCCGUUUUCGCUCAUUAAAGUGUGGAUUAGGAGCCGUGCUUUUUUUUUUUUUUUUCUUUUUAUGAGUCUGGCUGUUUAAAAAAUAUAUGGGCUGUUUGCUAUAGGCUGUGCAAAAUUGUCUCAGCAGGAAUGCAAUGAAAAGAGAGGAACCCUACAAAUACAUCCAGACGUUCUCCAUUACUCGCAGUGCAAAAGAGGCUUGUUAAAAACAGAAAAAUUGCUCCAAUUAUGGUGUUCUUUCAGACUGUAUGUUGCACAUAUCUGAUUAAAAGAUCACGUCUUUAUUUCAA